AUGGCAUCGACUGUGUAUAUGUGUGUUAUACUUGCAUGUACGAUGUAUACUGUUGAUAGCGUCAGUAAUUCGAGGGUAACACUAGUUAACAACGAAUACCACGAUAUUGUCAUCGCAAUUGAAGAGAAUGUUCCCGAAGACUUGGCGUUACUGGACAAGAUUCAAGAAGUUUUCACCGACGCUUCAGCAUUUCUUUGUGAAAUAACCAGAUACCGUGCAUACUUCAAGAACAUAACCAUCCUUGUACCGAAGUUUUGGUCUGAUAACGUCCAGUAUGAAAUGCCAAGCUUUGAAUCGUAUUACACCAGUGAUAUCAGGAUUGACAACAGUGACUACGAUGGACCUUAUGUGUGGAAAUCAACACCGUGUGGAGAACUGGGCGAGUAUAUGCAUCUCACUGCAGACUAUCUCACGGAUUCAACUAUUGGUGACAAUUAUGGUGAUUACGACAAGGUAAUAGUACACGAAUGGGGUCAUUUACGAUAUGGUGUAUAUGAUGAAUACCCUGGCGGCAAUACUGGCGCUCCUUAUUUCUAUGCAAAUUCUAACGGUGACAUAGAAGCCACUAGGUGUUCUACUGCAGUCACAGGUGACAUGGUAAACCUGAAUACCGGUCAACCAUGUGCUUUCGUUAACAAUUACCCGGAAGACGAUUGCUAUUUUUACGAUGAUAGAAACGUUGCAACAUUCACAGGCUCUCUUAUGUAUCGUCAAUACCUACCACAGAAAAGGCGGCUGAGAAGGGGUCGGACAGGACAAUAUCAACGGAAGAUCAAAACUUUACGUAUAAAGUACAGAGAAGUGACUGAGCACAACAACAGAAGCGGUAGAGAUCCGAAAACUAUGCCAUUUUGGGAUGAACUACACAAAAUAUUAGAUGGAAGGCCAGCAUUCAAUCCUCAAACACCGGUGUUUUUACUAAGUGAGAAGCUUAUCCACUUUUGUGACAACGACACAUUCGCUGAUACACCAGGAAGUAUCCACAACAUUGAAUCUCCGAGUAAACAUAAUAUACUAUGUGACGAGAAAAGCGUAUGGGAGGCAAGUUUGUCGUUUUAUAAGAUAAAUUCUAAUUUUAAAAACAAAUGA